GUGGGCGGGGCCUAAGCGGGGAGUGACAGGUUCCCGGUUUUCCCUCAGAGAGUCAUGGCUGCCGCCGCGUCUGCUUUGCCUGCUCCCGCCUUCUGCCGGCCGUCGGGAGACGCUGAGCGGCCGCCUUCGCACCUGGCAGCAUUAAUACUGGCCCGCGGCGGAAGCAAAGGCAUCCCGCUGAAGAACAUUAAGCUCCUCGCAGGGGUCCCGCUGAUUGGCUGGGUGCUGAGGGCAGCCCUCGAUUCGGGCGUCUUUCAGAGUGUUUGGGUUUCCACGGACCACGAUGAAAUUGAGAAAGUGGCCAAGCAGUUUGGAGCUCAGGUUCAUCGAAGGAGCUCAGAAGUGUCCAAAGAUUCCUCCACCUCCAUGGACGCCAUUGUGGAAUUUCUCCAGUAUCAUGACGAAGUUGAUGUUAUAGGAAACAUUCAAGCAACCUCUCCCUGUUUGCAUCCCACCGAUCUUAUCAGAGUGGCCAAAAUGAUCCAGGAGGAUGGGUUUGACUCUGUUUUCUCUGUUGUGAGGCGUCACCAGUUUAGGUGGAGCGAAAUCAAAAAAGGAGUGUGUGACGUGACUGUGCCACAAAAUCUGAACCCGGCCAAACGGCCACGGCGCCAGGACUGGGAUGGAGAGCUGUAUGAAAAUGGGUCCUUUUAUUUUGCCAAAAGAGCCUUGAUUGAAAAGGGGUAUUUGCAGGGUGGGAAAAUGGCUUAUUAUGAAAUGCGUGCCGAGCACAGCGUGGAUAUAGAUGUUGACAUUGACUGGCCGAUUGCAGAGCAAAGGGUCCUGAGGUAUGGCUACUUUGGUAAAGAGACCCUGAAGGAGGUGAAACUGCUGGUUUGUACUAUUGAUGGAUGCCUCACCACUGGCCACAUCUAUGUUUCAGAAGAUGCGAAGGAGAUAGUUUCCUAUGAUGUCAGAGAUGCUGUGGGGAUUAACUUGCUUCAGAAAAGAGGUGUUGAGGUGCGGAUGAUCUCUGAGAGGAAAUGCUCGGCCAAGAUGCUUUCUGCCGUGACGCUGGAUUGUGUUAUGGAAGUCAGCGUGACAGACAAGCUACAACUUGUAGAGAAAUGGAGGAAGGAAAUGGGGUUGUGCUGGAAGGAAGUGGCAUACUUAGGAAAUGAAGAGUCCGAUGUGGAGUGCCUGAAGAAAGCCGGUAUGAGCGCUGUUCCUGCCGACGGUUGCCCAGCUGCACAGAAAGCCACGAGCUACAUCUGCAAAUGUAAUGGGGGCCGUGGCGCCAUCCGAGAGUUUGCCGAGCACAUAUUUCUCCUAAUGGAAAAGGUGAACUCAGCCGGAAAGAAGCCACGAUGUUAAAGGCCUAAAGCUGGGUGAAGAAGUCUUUUGAUUCCAUUUUGUUGGUCGCUUUGUUUACUCGUGCCUUUUUAAAAACAUUUUGGGAAGUCAAGGGGCAAUGCCAGGAAUUAUUUAAAGCAUCCAUUUUCAGGCACUUUAACCAAAUAGUCAAAUGUCCUCUGCCAGAUCUUUGCUGGUAUUCACAGCCAGCCAGUUGAAGGUAGCCUUGUUCAGUAUAAUCCCACUGAAAUGUUUGUAGCAUCAAUGCCCAUCCUUUUUCUUGGAGGAUUCUGACAUUUUGAUUUUUAGAAGCAGUUGCAUGAUUCUGCCAUGGACACAAGGCUAUGGUGCAAGGAACUGAUACUUUCCUCGCAGAGAAUGGUCUUCCCUCUUCCACGAAGCAGUAAUACAAGGGCAUUUUAGGAAUUGUGCAUCUGCAUCAGGUUAUAUCUUAAGGACUCCCAAAAUUGCAAAAGACUGAAUCCCACCCUUACUUUCAUUUGAAUAGAUGUUGCGGGAUGUCAUUGCUUAGUGACAGAGCACAUGUUUUGCAUGCAGAAGGUCCCAGGUUCUAAGCAUAAGCAAGAUUGGUGAUUGAAUUUUUUUUUCAUAAUUUUGGGGCUCCAGCCCUAACCAAUGUAGUUGGGGAAGAUGGGAGGUGUGAUUGAAGCUGCUGGAGCUGGUGAUGUGAAAUAGCCAAUCACCAGAACAUGGAUAUUUCCUCAGUUUGAGCUGCAUCAUUCAGAAUCAUCUAACAAAUAUGGCCAUGCUGUUUGGUGAAUUCCCAAAAAGCAACCUUUACAAACUCUGCCUGAGAUUCUGAAGAGUCUGUUAGUCCUGGUUGUUCCAUGGAUUCUUCACUAUGUCUUUAGUCAUCAAAUCUGAUGUUCUGCUUUCUGGCUUACCCUGUCCUUUCACUCUUAUUUACGAGCCUGUUCGUGCAGUCAGCAAUCAUUGAAUAUUUUCCCCUUGGAGUGUACCAUUGGGGUGAGGGCUGAAUAUUAGAAUUCUGAAAGAGCUAUUCUUCCAAAUAGGAAACAAAAUGCAUUUUUCCCAGACAUGCUAUUUGUUCAAUUCAGGAGGGUGGCAGUGGAGAGCUGUUCAAGCAGUUAUGAGAAAAAAAAAUCAGAUAGUCAAUCCCUAUAGAAGAAGAACAGGCUAAAAAUUCAGGUGUUUCUCAAGGCUAUACCAAACAAGAGGGUGGAUUUUUCAGUGCCACUUAGUGUGUAAGGUAAAGGGAACUCUAGGCUAGGGGUCCCCAAACUAAGGCCCGGGGGCCAGAUGCUGCCCUCCGAGGUCAUUUACCUGGCCCCCGCCCUCAGUUUUAUAAUAUAAUAUAUUGUAUAUACAUAUAAUAUUGAUAAUAAUAUUAUAAUGUAAUACAAUAUAACACUAAUAAUAAUACCAUAUAAUAAUAAUAUUAAUUAUAUAUUCUAUAUUACAUAUAAUAUUACUAAUAAUAUUACAGUAUAGUGGUAUAGUUCAAUAAAGUAAUAUAUAAUGCUAAUAUUGUGCUAUGCUAAUAAUAUAAUAUAUUGUAUGUACAUAUAAUUUGUAAGCCACUCUGAGUCCCCUUUGGGGUGAGAAGGGUGUGAUACAAAUGUAGUAAAUAAAUGCAGUAAAUAAAUAAAUAAUAAAUAAAUACAUUUUAGACUUAGGCUAGCCCAAAGUCUGAAAUGACUUGAAGGCACACAACAACAACAACAACAACAACAACCCUAAUUAACUUGACUAUCUCAUUGGCCAGAAGCAGGAGCACACUUUCCAUUGAAAUCCUGAUAAAUGUAUGUUGGUUAACAUUAUUUUUAUUUUUAAAUAUUGUAUUGUUCUUUCAUUGUUGUUGUUUUUGCACUACAAAUAAGACAUGUGCAGUGUGCAUCGGAAUUUAUUUGUAUUUUUUUUUCAAAUGAUAAUCCGGCCCCUCAACAGUCUGAAGGAUUGUGGACCGGCCCUCGGCUUAAAAAGUUUGAGGACCCCUGCUCUAGGCCUUCCAGAGAUGUUCCAACUCUCAUCCAUCCAUCAUCCCAUCCAUCAUAGUCCAGUAUUGUGGAUGUCAUUGGCUGUUAGAUUCGAGACAUUGUAAUCCAGAAAAGUCAGUUUUCCAAUCUCUACCAAGCCCAAAUGUUUGGAAGGCCAAAUGUUCCCCACCUCUGGUUUAAAAUCUAUUUGAGGUGUUUGCUAUCUGCUGCCUAUACAGGAUACCUGGAAGGCUAUAUUGACAUGUUACCACAGGAGGCAUAGGGUUGGAGAUUGAUCCACAUGCAGUUCUGAAAUAGUAAGCUGGAUCCAUGCUCCCUGUGUGUUCCCUAACAAAUUGACUGUAUUUAAUGUUACCUAGCAUUUAGUUCCUAUUUGUGCAUAUAUUCACUCUGCAUUGGAAAUUGAUAUAUGAGGCUUGCUUUGUAGUGAGUCAUACAGAGAUAACACAGAAGUACUAGCCAAGGAUUGGCAAUCUGCAGCUGUCCAGGUUUUGGACUGCAACUCCCAUCAGCCUUAGCAAACGUUAGCCAGUGAUGAAGGGUCAUAGGAAUCAACCUAAAAACAUGUUGAGGGCCACAAGCUACCUUUCCCUAGGACCACAUAGGCACCAUGGAGCUCUUUCUAAGGGAGGGCAAUUCUAGUUAACAAUCUUAAUGUUAUCACUGUUUGGUACUGUGCUGGGACUUUGCCAGAAGGAACGGGGCACAUUCCAUAUUUAAUGCUUCUGAUGAGUGCCCUCUUUAUCAGAUGACUGCUAUAAUUCUUCUGUUUUAUAUUUGUUUUAAAUUGCAGUGAAAUAUCGAUUGUGAUUUUUUUUUGUUUUAUAAUAUACUUUGAGACUCUUGUUUAUUUUUUCCUACAUGUUUGGAGUACAGAUGGGAGGCUUUCUGAGGUUCAAAGCAGUGUAGUCAUUUGAGUGUUGGAAUGCAAUUCUGGAGACCAGGGUUCAUUACCUCACUCAGCCAUGAAACCCACUGGGUUAUCUUGGGCCAGUGAUAUGCUCUCAGCCACAGAAGAAGACAAGGGUAAAUAUUCUGAAGACAUUUGCUCAGAAAACCUCAUGACCUUAGGGUUGUCGUAGGUCAGAAACAACACAACAAGCUCAUGUGACGGAAUAAUAAAUAAAAAAAACUUUAUUUAUAUACUGCCCUAUCUCCUCAAGGGACUCAGAGCCGUGUCCAGUAUACCAGGAAAUAUACAAUUCACGCUCCAUAGAAAAUGAACACAUUGUGGGAGGUGCUAAGGCUGGAAUUCUCCAAACAUGUAGAGUUAUCUGUUGAUUCCAGUUCCAACUAUGCAAUCAAUUUAGUUUGGUUUUGUUUUGCUUCUAACAUUCAGGUUUUUCAACAUAUUUGGGGCAUCCUUAUAUAAACCAGAAUGGCUGUAAACAUGAGUAAUGGGGCAGGAGGAAGACAGAAAUCAAUAGUUAACCAGCUUGACUACUCAGCACUUAAUCUUAGGACUGAAUUAUCACCUGAUGUAAUCAGAAGAAAAAUCAACAAGAAAUUGCCUAAACAAAUUCUUAGGGACUAAUAAAUGAAGGAGUUCUACUGAGAAAAAAUGGUGUCAAAGAAGAGGGUUUUUUACUGAUUUACUUUGUGGAUUAUGUAGAUAUUGGUGGUGAAAAUAAAUUAUAAUAAAGCUGUUUUUAUUUUUAAAAAAGAA